AUGAACACUUUGCAAUCAGUUACCAGACUUUUUGUCGUUUGCGUCCUUUCUGGGUGGUUACACCAAAAAAAAUGGGUAGCAGAGAAACAGGAAUAUAAAGACCCCAAGUCUAAAAAAGCACGGACUGUAACAAAAUAUUUGAAGAGAACUUUCACGGUUCAUUCGCGUGAACUAAUAGAAAACCUGCAUGAAGAUUUAGAAGGGUAUUUUAUUCAUGAAAGAAAUAUAUUUCAUCAAAACAAAACUGUCAAGGACUUAAAACAGAAUCUCAAUGACAAAGAAGCUAUUAUACACAUGGAUUUUUCGGAAAACUAUUGUGCCAAAUAUAAUCAUGAAAUACAAGCCUAUCACUUUGGAGGAUCUAGACUUCAGCUGAGUCUUCACACUGUUGUAGUUUAUCUGAAAGUCUUUACGAAAUCCUACUGUACUGUAUCGCAAAACACCACUCACUCACCAGCUGCUAUAUGGGUUCAUUUGCAGCCAAUUUUCAAAUCUUUGCCGCUUCAAAUUAUCCUGGCAUCAAGGCUUCAUCUAGAAGUUCCAAGUGUAGAAAAGUUUACCUGGAACUUUUCCGAGACUGGUCACAGCAAAGGCGCCCCUGAUGGGGUUGGAGCUACCUGCAAACGAACUGCCGAUGCCGUCAUUGCUGCAGGAGACGACAUUGAUAGUUUAAAAUCUUUUGUAGAAAUUAUACAACAAAGAUGUCCUGGAAUUAUUAUAUUUACCAUCGACGACGAAGACAUUCAGAAAAUGACCAGUGAUGUUCAAAAAUAUGUAGCUAAGAAAAGUUUCAGUGGGACUCAGUUGCGGUCGACAUCUUACAACAUAAGGAAUAAAAUAGCAGAACCGAUACCCUGUCCUACUACACCAGAAGAUAUUAAAAAAAGUUUAGCAAAUUCAAUUUUAUCAGUCCUAAGGACUGAAAACACAAAAAAAACGUUCGUUAUAAAGAAUAACAGAGUAAACAGAAAAUUUGCUGAAAGCCUAACAGACAAAGAUGUUUUGAAGAGACUCCGUGAAAAGGAAGAAAAAAAGCAAAACCAAAAGCAACCAUUGGCAAAUAAAAGAAGAAAGGAAAGGCACAAAUAUCAGGUUCCAGUUCUUCAGAAAGUGAGAUAA